AUGGCGUCAUCUUCAGGACAGAAUAGAGUCAUUCAUCCUGGACCAGAGGAUCCUUCAUUAUUGCGAUUACAAAAUAUUCACGUGUCUGAACAUAUAUGGGAUGGUCGAGAUCAUCAUAUUUUGAAGGUUAGGAAGAGCCAAUUUAUUCCAGCUGGUUUGGAUGGUGUUCCAGAGGAGAUCCUUCCACAUUUAGAGCUUGCAGGAUUUACUGGUAUUGCUCACGAUAUAUCAGUAUUGUUAGGUUUACGCAUUGAUGGAAAACCUGUGACAGCAUCUAUUGGAUGCAAUUAUGCUAAUAUUGUUAAGGAGAGCCUAGGGAUUAGACCAUCACGUGCAGAUUUUGUUGGUAGCUUCUUGUAG